AGCAGCAUCACCUUUGAUCGCGCGGAGGAUUUAAACCCCGGCGAGCGCACACAGGGUCUCAAACUCAAGCCAGUCCGCUGGAGAAGCGAACGUCGAAGAUCAUGUCUGCAGUUCAUGGGAAUAUGCGCGUCGGGGAUCUGAAUCACUUCCAGAUGUACCACGAAGGACCUCUGCAGAUGAACGGCAUGGUGAACCCAGAUUACGGAGCCACAGAUGUGACCAACUUCUUCAACUCGGCGAGCUCUGUGUCCAGGGUGGAUAAAUGCGUGGCCAUAUUGACCCACAGGAGAAAGAGGACCAACUUUACGCAGCAGCAAAUCGAGGUGCUGGAGAAAGUUUACUCGGACACCAAAUACCCUGACAUCUACCUGCGAGAGAGACUGGAGGCUCUGACCGGGCUACCGGAGUCCAGGAUUCAGGUGUGGUUUCAGAACAGACGGGCCAAGUCUCGUCGCCAAGUCGGCUCAUCGGUGUCCAUGAAGGUCGCCAACCCACCAGCAGCCGGGACCUUCGGCCAGAUCCAGAGCAGGAUGGGCCCGGAGGAGGGUAAUUAUCAGCCAUGCGAAGCCUUUGCACAAAAACACCUUUACUCUCCCCCGUUUAAGUUAGUGAAUGUGGUCGUUUUGUCACCAAACUAUCUUGGUGAAUUGGUGUCGAGUCACCCAAAGCUCACCCCGGUGCACCCUUCUGCGCUUCCAGUGUACGACAACAGCCGCGGCGCAGAGCCGCGCAGGAGAGGCGGCUUCGUCUUGGAGGAGGGGUUCAGGGCGCUGCACCGCAGCCCCGAGGAGCCCACCAAGCCCGGCGGCUACGACCACGCGUCCGGGUCCUGCCUCUUCGAGGAGGAGGCGACGCCCGAGCAGCUGCGGCGCCGCGAGCUGAGCGUGAACGUCCCGUGCUGCAACGUGCACCUGUAUCCGGAGGAGGCCGAGCAGCAGCGCGCCAGGCUCGCCGACCACCAGGCUCCACAGGUGCUGGUGGAAUACGACAACUUCCCACCGAACAAAACCAUCGGGCCCGAGAUGAAGGUCGUGAUCCCGCCCCUCCCGAGCCACAGCAAGCACGGAUGCCAGAUCCAGUAUCCGCAACAAGUGGCGGGGGGCGCGGGGGACAGGUUCAGGCACCUGACCCCGAUCCGCGCCGCCGAGGCGCAGGACUUCACCGACUCGGACUCGGACUGGGAGACCGAGGCGAUGGCUGGAUUCAGUGGCUUCCUGUGAUACAGCAUGGGGGAAUGAAUAGACAUGUUUCAUAAGAGCUGAUAUUAAGAGAACUACAUGUAUCAUAAGAGCUGAUAUUAAGAGAACUGCAUGUAUCAUAAGAGCUGAUAUUAAGAGAACUACAUGUAUCAUAAGAGCUGAUAUUAAGAGAACUGCAUGUAUCAUAAGAGCUGAUAUUAAGAGAACUACAUGUAUCAUAA